GAGUAGGGAUAAUGAAAUUAAGCAUAUUCUUCAUAUAUACCCAAACUAGAUUCGUUUUGCUCUUCAUCACAACUUUAGCAAUCAAAGAAAAAAAUGGUUUCUUUCUGAUAGUCUUUUUAAUUUGAGUUUUGACAUCUAGUUAAGUCCUCCUUUUCCCCAUCAUGACAUUAGUUUUAGAGAGCUGAUGAGAUGGAACUAAAAUCCUUGACCGAACAUAUAUAUACCCAUUGAGACAUGAUUUUGUUGUUGUUGGGACACCUCAGUUAUUUCCCUCUACAUCUACAUAAUUUGCAUAAUACAGACUAGUAACAUUUCAUGAUGAGACAACAGCAACAAGUGGAGUUGACCUAAUCUUUGAGAGAUGCCUUUGAUGUUGUUGGUUUCCCGCAUUCAAGGAGCUCGAGAAGGCAUCGGGAGACGAGGCUAGAAGCACGAUCAUUGAGAGGAGACAUGAAGGAGCAGUGUUGUUGGAGCCUGGAGGAGAGGCUUUUGCAAAAUACAGCAGAUUGAAGGCUUAUUUUUGUGGAGACAGCCUUAUUUAGCAACAAAUGAAUCUGAUGCGCUUACGUGGCAGUGAAGUGGGUGAAAUAGUAAAUUCCAUACUUCAUUGAAAUAUUAUGAGGACACAGCGCUCUUAAGUCGCGAUGGCGGCAGCAGAGAUGAAGCUGGACAGAUGGGGCUACCAAGUUAGGACUUCUUCCGAUGCUUGCAUUUCUGCUAUCAACGAUUACUACCACCAGGUGCUUAGUUAUGGAAGGAAAAGGUCGGUAAUAUUAGAAGCUCCAAAAAGUGAUCCGGAGUGUGUUCUAGGCAACAUUUUGGCUGCUCAUUUUAUCUGCUCGGCUGAUCCAUCCCGUGCUCCUGAAUUCAUCGAUGCUGCCAAGUCUCAUCUCGAAUGUGCUAGCUCAUAUGAGAAGGCAGUGUUUGAAGUCAUCCAAUAUAUAAUUUCUCCAGAUAGAGAUGACGAUUUAGUUGUGCAGCAGCAUUCCAAGCUUUUGCAAGAUUUCCCCCGAGAUCUUGUAUCACUGAAGAGAGCUCAAGUGCAAUGCUUUUAUAUGGGUCGACUAGAUCUAUUUCUGGGAAUUGUAGAACAGGUCCUGCCAGUGAAUGACCAUGAGGAUUAUAUAUAUGGCAUGCUUGCAUUUACAUUACUAGAGCUAGGUCGAAUGGAAGAUGCAGAGAAAGCAGGAAAAAAGGGAUAUGAGCUCAAUAAAGAUGAUGCCUGGUCACAGCAUGCACUAUGCCAUGUUUACCAGUACGAGUGUCGUUUCAAAGAGGCAGUGGAGUUCAUGAUGAAUUGUGCACAAUCAUGGGGUUCUUUGUCAUCUUUUAUGUAUACACAUAAUUGGUGGCACAUUGCUCUAUGUUACUUGGAAGGCCAUGCUCCUAUAACAAAAGUAGAAGAUAUUUAUAAUGAGCACAUUUGGAAAGAAUUGGAAAGAAGUGAUGCCACCCCAGUGGAGGUAUAUUUAAAUGCCGCCGGUUUGUUAUUGCGUCUGUAUGUGCGAGGUGUGCAUGAUAUUCUCAAGGAUCGUCUACAUGAGUUAGCUAAUUGUCUGACAGAUCAAGCCUUCUGGUUUCUGGAGUGGCACCUUGACAUUUUGAUAUUAUGGACCUUAUCUUGCACUGGGAGAUUUAAUAAAGCGGAAGAAUUACUUAAGGGCUUGAACUCCAGGGUUUCAAUGAUGAACAGGAAGAAACAACAACAAAUGCAAACAGGACUUGAUCUUGCAGAAGCUCUCUAUAGAUACGGGAAGGGAGACUACAAGAAGGCUGUGGAACUUCUUGGGCAUGACUUUGAUGCCAUUAACUACAAGGUAAUCGGAGCAUCUGAUGAACAGCUCGAUGUGUUCACUGAAGUGCACAUCACUCUGCUGCUGGAAACUGGAGAAGUUUUAGCAGCUAAAGAAGCUAUUGAGAAACAACUGAAGAAACGGGAAGGUGCGCCGUUUCUAUGGUCUCUCCUGGAGAAAGCAUGUUCGAUAUUAGGAAUGGAGGAAGCAGGUAGUUAUGGUCAGAAAGCCAAACAAUUAGAAGCUGCAUACUUCACUUAGCUAAACUUGCACGCAGCAUGAUCUGUGUAGUGUUGUAACACAAUGGAGGUGAGAAUAAGAUCGCUACGAUCUACAUGUAUUAUGUAUUAGUAUAAGAGAGGUAGGAAUAAGCGCGAUAUGCCACGUGAGAAACUACAGCAAGAACAUUAUGUCCAAUAAUUAGUUUGAUUCAUCAUUAAUCAGUGAUGGGUUUGGAUUA